UGUGAGCGAGGCCGGGUUGGAGGAGGGGUUCAGGCCUGUCCUCCCCAGCGGCUGGGGCAGCAACAACGCCGGCCGCCGCCGUCGCCCCUGGGACGCGGAGGAGGAGGAGUGGCUGGAGGUGUAGGAGGAGGAGGUGGGCCUGGGGAGCGGGAUGUCCAGCGCUACGACUUGCUGGUGAAUGCUGAGGAGAGUCGCGGUUGCUGCAGUCUGUGUCACCGGGAGGAAGUUGCGGUGUGAGGCCGGGCGGGAGCUCACGGCUCUGGGGCGAAUCGAAGCACGGGGUCUGUGCGAAGAAUCAUCGAAACCCUUUCCUACGCUGACCAUGCCUGGAAGAAACAAGGCGAAGUCCACCUGCAGUUGCCCGGACCUGCAGCCCAAUGGACAGGACUUGGGCGAGAGCGGCCGGCUUGCUCGUCUAGGAGCGGAUGAAUCUGAGGAGGAGGGACGGUCUUUCAGUAAUGUCGGGGACCCUGAGAUCAUCAAGUCUCCCAGCGAUCCCAAGCAGUACCGAUACAUCAAAUUACAGAAUGGCUUGCAGGCACUUUUGAUUUCAGAUCUAAGUAAUGUGGAAGGUAAGACAGGAAAUGCAACAGAUGAAGAGGAGGAAGAAGAGGAGGAGGAAGAGGAAGAAGAUGAUGAUGAUGACGACGACGACGACGAUGAUGAUGAAGACUCUGGAGCUGAGAUACAAGAUGAUGAUGAGGAAGGUUUUGAUGAUGAAGAGGAAUUUGAUGAUGACGAUGAUGAUGAACAUGAUGAUGAUGAUCUUGAGAAUGAGGAAAACGAACUGGAAGAGUUGGAAGAGAGGGUAGAAGCCAGGAAGAAAACUACUGAGAAACAGCAAUCGCAGAACCUGUUUUUGCUGUGGUCAAAGCUGACUGAUAGACUGUGGUUUAAGUCAUCUUAUUCAAAAAUGUCUUCAACCCUGCUGGUCGAGACAAGAAAUCUUUAUGGGGUAGUUGGAGCUGAAAGCAGGUCUGCACCUGUUGAGCAUUUGGCAGGAUGGCAAGUGGAGGAGCAGCAGGGUGAAACUGACACAGUGCUGUCUGCAGCGGCUCUGUGUGUUGGAGUUGGGAGCUUUGCUGAUCCAGAUGACCUGCCUGGGCUGGCACACUUUUUGGAGCACAUGGUAUUCAUGGGUAGUUUGAAAUACCCUGAUGAGAAUGGAUUUGAUGCCUUCCUCAAGAAACAUGGAGGUAGUGAUAAUGCCUCAACUGAUUGUGAACGCACAGUCUUUCAGUUUGAUGUCCAGAGAAAGUAUUUCAAGGAAGCCCUGGAUAGAUGGGCCCAGUUCUUUAUCCAUCCACUGAUGAUCAGAGAUGCAAUUGACCGAGAGGUGGAAGCUGUGGACAGUGAGUAUCAGCUUGCAAGGCCUUCUGAUGCAAACAGAAAAGAAAUGUUGUUUGGAAGCCUCGCUAGACCGGGACAUCCUAUGGGGAAGUUUUUUUGGGGAAAUGCUGAGACACUCAAGCAUGAACCAAAGAAGAAUAACAUUGAUACACAUGCCAGACUGAGAGAAUUCUGGAUGCGCUACUACUCUGCUCAUUACAUGACCUUAGUUGUUCAGUCCAAAGAAACCCUGGACACUUUGGAAAAGUGGGUGACGGAGAUCUUCUCUCAGAUACCAAACAAUGGGCUACCUAAACCAAACUUUAGCCAUUUAACGGAUCCUUUUGACACACCAGCAUUUAACAAACUUUAUAGAGUUGUUCCAAUCAGAAAAAUCCAUGCUCUGACCAUCACAUGGGCACUUCCUCCUCAGCAGCAGCACUACAGGGUGAAGCCACUUCAUUAUAUUUCCUGGCUUGUUGGACAUGAAGGCAAAGGCAGCAUUCUUUCUUAUCUUAGAAAAAAGUGCUGGGCUCUUGCAUUGUUUGGUGGAAAUGGUGAGACAGGUUUUGAGCAAAAUUCUACUUACUCAGUGUUCAGCAUUUCUAUUACGCUGACUGAUGAGGGCUAUGAGCAUUUUUAUGAGGUUGCCCACACUGUCUUUCAGUAUUUAAAAAUGCUGCAGAAGCUAGGUCCAGAGAAAAGAGUUUUUGAAGAGAUUCAGAAAAUUGAGGAUAAUGAAUUUCAUUAUCAAGAACAGACAGAUCCAGUCGAGUAUGUGGAGAACAUGUGUGAGAACAUGCAGCUGUACCCACGUCAGGACUUUCUCACCGGAGAUCAGCUUCUGUUUGAGUACAAGCCAGAAGUCAUUGCUGAGGCCCUUAAUCAGCUAGUUCCUCAGAAGGCAAAUCUCGUUCUUCUCUCUGGUGCUAAUGAGGGAAGAUGUGACCUCAAGGAGAAGUGGUUUGGGACUCAGUAUAGCAUAGAAGAUAUUGAAAACUCUUGGACUGAACUAUGGAAGAGUAAUUUUGACUUAAAUCCAGACCUUCAUCUUCCAGCUGAAAAUAAGUACAUAGCCACGGACUUUACGUUGAAGGCUUUUGAUUGCCCUGAAACUGAAUACCCUGCUAAAAUUGUCAAUACCGCACAAGGCUGCUUGUGGUAUAAGAAAGACAACAAAUUCAAAAUCCCCAAAGCAUAUAUACGAUUUCAUCUGAUCUCACCUUUGAUACAGAAAUCUGCAGCAAAUGUUGUCCUCUUUGACAUCUUCGUGAAUAUUCUUACGCACAACCUUGCCGAACCCGCCUAUGAAGCUGAUGUGGCACAGCUGGAGUAUAAACUGGUAGCUGGAGAACAUGGGUUAAUUAUUCGAGUGAAAGGAUUCAACCACAAACUACCUCUGCUCUUUCAGCUCAUUAUUGACUACCUGACUGAGUUCAGUUCCACACCCGCUGUCUUUACCAUGAUAACUGAGCAACUGAAGAAGACCUACUUCAACAUCCUCAUCAAGCCCGAGACUCUGGCCAAAGAUGUGCGGCUUUUAAUUCUGGAAUAUUCCCGCUGGUCUAUGAUUGACAAGUACCAAGCUUUGAUGGAUGGCCUUUCCCUUGAUUCUCUGCUAAACUUUGUCAAGGAUUUUAAAUCCCAACUUUUUGUUGAGGGCCUGGUCCAAGGGAAUGUCACCAGCACGGAAUCGAUGGAUUUCCUAAAAUAUGUUGUUGACAAGCUGAACUUCGCGCCCCUGGAGCGGGAGAUGCCUGUGCAGUUCCAGGUGGUGGAGCUGCCGAGCGGCCACCACCUGUGCAAAGUCAGAGCUCUGAAUAAAGGGGAUGCCAACUCUGAAGUCACUGUGUACUACCAGUCAGGUACGAGGAGUCUGAGAGAAUAUACUCUUAUGGAGCUGCUUGUGAUGCACAUGGAAGAGCCCUGCUUUGACUUCCUUCGCACCAAGCAGACCCUUGGGUACCAUGUCUACCCAACCUGUAGGAACACAUCUGGAAUUCUAGGAUUUUCUGUAACUGUUGGGACUCAGGCAACCAAAUACAACUCCGAAACUGUUGACAAGAAGAUAGAGGAAUUUCUUUCCAGCUUUGAGGAGAAGAUUGAGAACCUCACAGAAGAUGCAUUCAAUACUCAGGUCACAGCACUGAUCAAGUUGAAAGAGUGUGAGGACACCCACCUUGGGGAGGAGGUGGACAGGAACUGGAAUGAAGUGGUGACACAGCAGUAUCUCUUUGACCGCCUUGCCCAUGAGAUUGAAGCCCUGAAGUCUUUCUCAAAGUCAGACCUGGUCAGCUGGUUCAAGGCUCACAGAGGACCUGGAAGUAAAAUGCUCAGCGUUCAUGUUGUUGGAUAUGGGAAGUAUGAACUGGAAGAGGAUGGUGCCCCUUUUGGUGAGGAUUCAAAUUCUCGUGAAGGGAUGCAGCUAACCUACCUGCCACCCUCUCCUGUCCUGGCAGAAUCCACCACCCCCAUUACUGACAUCAGGGCCUUCACAGCAACACUCAGCCUCUUCCCCUACCAUAAAAUAGUCAAAUAAACUGCAGUCUCAUUGGCCUGAAGCAACGUGUAUUUAAAGACGUGUGUGCAUUUUAUGGAGUUACACUGCUGCCUUAGGGCUUCCAUUGGAUUUUUUCGAUGGCAACCUAGGAUUUGAUUUACUUUUUACCUUUCCUCUACAAGAUUAGCUCAGGAUGGCAAUGAGAUAGUAGGCAAGUGUGACCCAAACACUUACGUCAGCAAUGUGGGGGCCCCUGGCCUGUGUCCUCUGAGGAGAACCCAGCUCUUGUGUGCCUAUCUGUAAUUAAUUUGUUAUAGCACCAAACUGCCCUGGUUUUGUUUUUUUAAUGUACUUUAAAGUAAACAUAGUUCUGUAUAUCCCUUCACAUCAAGCCAUCUGCCGUGGCUUUUUUGGGGGUGGGGUGGGGGAAGUGCAGUCCUCCAGCCCUGCGAGGCAGUAAGGCAUCCAGGACUAGCCGGAGGGCUUGAGUCGGGGAGCCUCAGAAAAGGCUGCCAGGUUGGUCUGCAAGGUUAGGUAUAAAACAAUGAAAGAAACAUAUUUUUAAAAAGGUUGGAAAAUUAUUUUAUGAAGCCUUAAGAAGCACUGCAUAUAAUUAUACUUCAGGUUUAGAUACAAUCUAAUCAUAGUUCAAUUCUAAAAUAAAGGUUAUAGGUGAAACCAUGAAA